UGUUUCUUUGUGUGUGUUUGUAUUUUAAUUUCUUCCAAGCUUUAGUCCGACCACAUGCUUUCAACCCCUGGAGGAAGAAAGCUAAAGGCAACACCAUGAAGGCUUUUCUGAAGAGUCCUGAUGGCAUCUUGGCACUGAGGCCAAAGAUAACUACUAUAGGAUGGCAUGAAGACUCUGACAUCAUCCUGAAGUCUCUAGGGAUUGAAGAGCACCAUGCAGCCAUCGAAUUCAGUGAUUCAGAAAACAGCUUCAUUCUCCGGGAUUUCAACUCGACCCAUGGAACGUUUGUUAAUGAUUGCCACAUUCAGAACGCGGCAGUGAAAGUGAGCCCUGGAGACAUUUUGCGGUUUGGCUCCAAUGGAACAGCCUUUGAGCUUGUGCUAGAAAAUGGACCUCAGGUCUCCCGCCCUCCUGUGAGUCGCCGUGUAGCCUGGCCGGGGCAGCUCCAUUUAGUCACAGAGACAAAGCCUCCUUCGCCAGUGGCCGCUUCUCAGUUUCCAUCCCUUCAGUCUCAAAGGUCCCCGCCCAUUAGCCGCAGUUGGUCCUAUGGCGGAAGUGGGACUUUGCCACAUCCACCGCUUAGGAAAAGGCCUGUAAAUGCUUGGGGCAGACCAGUUGCUUCACCUUCUUUCUCUCCUGAUGCGUUCAUCAAGCCUUCUGCACCAAUACCAGGAAGCGGAGCUGCUAUUGGGUCUUUGACAAACGUUCAUCAAGGGGAUGCACUUCUCAAGGAAAAGGACGAAGUAAUUCUGAAGCUGGGGAAUGAAAUCAGCCGCCUCUCUGGCUUUGAAAGCGAGUGCAGUCGCAAAGACAUGGUGAUAGCAAAUCUUCAAAAUGAGAUUGCCAUGAUGACAGAGAAGAUGACGGUAGCUCUUGCCCAGAAGGACGCUGAGUUUCAUCAGAAGCUGGUGGACCUUGAACAAGAUGUUGCCGCAAAGACAAAAGAGAUUAAAACCUUGAAAGAGGAGGUUUGCAACUUGCAGAGUAACACGAGUGAAGUGUUGUACCAUUCCCUUUCUGAACGAGAUCUACAAAUUGCACACUGGAAGCAAGAAACUGAGGCGCUGAAGAAGAGCUAUUCUCUUACAACAGGACUGGUGACCAGUUUGCAAAAAGACAUUACAUCAAAGGAUCAUAACAUCCAGCAAUUGAAAAUAGAUGUGGAGAAGUUUAGGAGAGAAAGCAGGGAGAAGGAUAACCAGCUUGCCCAGAUUUCUGCCCAGUGUGCUAGGAUUAAAGAGGAAAUGAAGCGUGAAUUCAAAGAGAGAGAAGUAAAUGCUUAUCAGAAUCAAAUCAGCGAGCUGGAGCUACAGGUCAAAAGAUCCAAAGAAGACAUAAAUAAGUUACGCACGGAGCACGGAAUGUUAACCAACAAACUUGCUGAAAAAACAAAGGCUGAAGGGGACCUGAAAAAAGAGUGUGAGAGGCGAUCCCAACAGUUACAAGAAAUGGGGCGCAGGGAGCGCCUCAUUAAGUCGGAUCUGGAUCUGGCAGCAACUCAGGCACAGCGCUUUAGACACCAACUUACCGAAGCUCUCUUUUCACAACUUCCAGAGAAGGCACUAACAGAUCAGCAGAUCGUUGAGAAGAUAGAAGAAAUCCAGGUGAUCAGUGAAGAGUAUUGCCAAAGGGAGGCACUGCUGAAAGAGGAGUUACUUGCCAAGAACUCUGAAAUAGAGGAAGUGUCUAAAAAUAUUGAGCUGUUGAAGAAAGCAUUGGAUCAACUUCAGGAUUUCUUGGGAACCUCUUACUGCAGCAGCAGCUUGAAGAAAGAGAUCUGUAAUCUCCAGAAUCUGUGCCUGACCCCGCCUGCCUUGGGAGUCCAGACCUCAACAGCCGGAGUCCUCUGCAGUUUGUUGGGCUGGGUGGAUGCAGUGGAAUGUCUCCUUCGGGAUGUGGGGCUUGAAGUGUCUGGCUCUGAAAAAGGAAUGGCUUCCUACAUAAAGAAGCUGCUGGGCAAACACCAUGAGACCAUGGCCAAACUCCAGACAUUGCAGAACCAGCUGAAGAUGGCAGAGAUGUCUCAGGAUUCCCUCGUGCAGGAGAAGCUAAACGAACUGAAAGAAAAACUUGAGGAGCAAUUUCGAGACAGAGACCGAGAACUUCUGGAGAAUGAGAAGGUUCUGGAGGGGCUGGCUGCCCUGGAGGAAGCAAAAUUAAAGGAGGCCAUUGAUGAAGAAAAGAAAAAGGUCCGAGAUUUGGAAGCUCAGAUGAAGCGAUCGGCUGAAGUAAUUGAACUUAAAACAAAAUCAGAAGAAGCUCUAAAUUCCAGGAUAAGGAAGGCUCUGCAGAGCCUAGAAGAGGCUAUGAGGAGAAAGACAGUGGCGGAAGAGAAGCUAACCGUCUGGGAGAAACGUCUGAAGAGCAUUGAGAAUGAGAAUGAGAUGCAGAAGCAGAAGCAUCAGGAGGAGAUAACAGAAUAUAAGGAACAGAUCAAGCAACACUCAAAGACAAUAGUGGACUUGGAAAACAAAUUUGUGGAAGCUGUCCAGAAGCUGAAGGCGGCAAAGGAGGAAAAUGCAAAGCUUCAGAAGCAAAUAGAAGACAUGCAAUCUUGCAAGUUGUUGCCAGCUCGUCCACCAGAGGUUCCUUGCCCGGAAGGGUCCAAUGUUUUCCUGAAGGAAGGAUUAGCAGCUGCAAAGCAUGAAAUCGCGUCCAACGAGGCUGUCAUUUCAGAGUUAAAGAAGGAACUCUCAGAAGCCAGAGCCAGGGUGUCUGAUGUGAUUGGAGAACUCAGUGAAAAACAGAAGAUGGAGCUAGAGCAGAAACGGCGUCUUGUCCACAGCCAAGCCCACGAACUCAACCAGCUUCGAGAGAAACUCUUUGAGAUGUCCAAGCUUGUGGACCAGAAAGAUGCAGACCUCAAAGCACAAAGCAAAGAAUUAAGCAACCUCAGAGGGAAGCUGCAGGAGCUGGCGACAGAGAUGAAGGAAAAGGCAGGUGAGCCCAAGAAAAUUGUGCAGCACAAGAGCGUGCAGACGAGGUCCUCCUCCCCGGACGAAGUCCCCACAAGCAAGAAGGCAUCUUCCCUGAGCCUGGCUGAGCUGGGAGCAAGAUGCAAAGGCUCCAGACACGAGGAAAUCAUCAGUCGCCAGAAAGGUGCCCUGGCUGAGCUGCGGCAAAGAGUCAGAAUGCUAGAAAGGGGUCACCCAUUAGGUUCUGAAGAGAGAAUUGGAGAGCCACUUAGAGUGCUUAAAAAAGGCCCAGUUGAGAAGGGAGAUGAAAGAACAGAGAAGGAGCAGGUGACAACCUUGAUGACAGCAGCGGAUGCUAAUCAGCUUCAAAGCAGUGUUUCCAGAACAGAUCUCAACUUGACCAUAGAGAGGACUGCGAAGCUGGAAAUGGCUGAUGCUUUAGACCUCAGUGAGAACAUGUACCUCAACCUGAUCCAGGAUCUCGCCAACCUGGUGAACGUCAAGGAGCUGACGGGGAUGCAGACGGUGAAGCAUCUUCCUUACGAUGAGAGGGAGAAGCUCGGGGUGCGACGGCAGAAGGACCUUGGGCUGCUCUUCGACAAGAUCAGGAAGCUCAAGGAUCGACUCGAGAGGAAAGAGUCGCUGCUGAAAGAGUACGAAAGGGACGUCGGGCAGUUCAGGACAAACAAGCAGACUCUGCAAGCCUGCCAGUCUGAGCUGGCCAAAUUGGCUGACAAGAUCUACCGAGAAGCUGAAGAGAAAGCUUUGCUGAAAGAAGCUCUGGAGAGGACUAAAAUGCAGCUGACUCAGGAGAAGAAGCUGAACAGGGCUCUCAAACACCAUAAGAAUCAGUUAGAGGAGAAGAAGAGUGAGAUUUCGUCGUGUUAUGCCUGCACUCUGAAAUUCAGGGAUAGGAAGACGGCAGCCCCUAAGAAACCAUGCCCUGAAAACCAGGUGGUUGCGAGGCCAGGAGAAGCCUGUAAGAAACGAGUGCACUGCAGCGCCUCUGCGUAGGAACAAUCCUGCUUGCCCAAGGAAAGCAACAGAGGAAGAGGAGGGAGAUUCUGGCCAGCUCCUUGUCCAAGCUUGUAAAUAGAAGAUGCUGCUACAACAUUGCAUAAAACACCUGGUGUCUUAUUAUACAGAUAUAUAUAUAUAUGUAUGUAUGUAUAGACUUACUUGUACAGAUGAUACUCAUAUAUGGUACAUUGUAUCUUGAUUACGAGAAAUGUAAAGAGACUCAACUCAAAAUUAUGUAUAAAUUCUUAAGAUCUUCCAA